AUGGCUCGCAUGCUCUCUGUGGCCGCCCUGGCCGUGUUCCUCCUGGCGGCGCCCGCCCUGGCGACCCGCGACCUGAAGCAGCUGAGCGCCGUCACCGGCGCCGUGAACAACCUGCUGGGCACCGUCGGCACCACCGUCGGCGCCGUACCCGUCGUUGGCCCCGUGGCCAGCCCCGUCGUCGGCACCGUCGGAAGCACCGUGAACGGCCUCCUCGGGACUGCCACCUCCACGGUCGCCCCCGUCCUCACCUCUGUUGUGGGCACCGUGAACGGCCUCCCCGUUGUCGGCCCCGUCGCCACCCCCGUUGUCGGCACCGUCCUCGGCUCGGCGGGCACUGCCCUCGGCACUGUCGGCGGCCUCCUGAACACUGUGAACGGUGUUGCCGGCGCCGCGGCUGGCACUGCCACUGGCCUCCUCGGCACCGUCUCUGGCGUGACCAGCAGCCUGCCCCUGCUGGGCUGA